AUGGGUGCCACAAACAUAGCAGAGCUCAUCGACGACUGUCUUUAUAAUAUACUCGAAUUCCUGACCACGAAAGAUCGCAUUAGUUUCGCUCAAGUGAGCCAGCGAUUUCGUCAGGUUUUUAUCAAUCAGUGCGGCAGUAAAUACCGGGAAUUCACACUCGACGAAAACAGUCGGCGACUAGAACUGAUACAAUUAUGCAUCUGUCGGGAGGCGGUGGAGGUUUUGACCAUCAAUCUGGAGCAUUUUGAUACGGGAAAAUGCAUGGGAACGUCCUAUAGAUGCAUUGCACCAGCGGAAUGUUAUGGUAUCCUCUGCCAUACUUUGUCUGGUAUGAACCGGUUGAAGCACCUGGUGGUGAAGCAGCUAAAGUUUUACAUAGCACCCAUUGACAAGCCCUUCGAUCAAGUCCUGGCCGCCGUUAGGCAUUUGCCUGAGCUGAAACGACUGGAGUUUCAGGCCACUCAGGACUUCAGUGUGGAUCGUUUGCAUCAACUGCAGAAUCUGGAAACACUUCAGCUUCUCAUACCAAAGGUUCCCCCAGCUUGCCUGGUGAAAUGCUUCAAGUCCAAUAGCAAUCUUCGCAGUCUCCAUCUGGGCUAUUCUUGUUGCCAAAAGAAUCUUGUGGAUAUUAUUGUGACCCACUGCAAAGACCUGGAGGUACUCAAGUUCGGCAUGACAGCGGAGCCGGCGGACUACAAACCGCUGGCUAAGCUUCCCAAGCUCCGAGAGCUCUCACACUUUGGAAUCCGACGUAGCGGCUCCUUUGAGCCCCUUCUCUCGUCUCUGGCAGUAAAAUCUCAGCUGAAACACCUUUCCAUCGACGGAGGAAGCCUUACCCAAGGGGAGGUCUGCCAGCUGGUAUGCAUCCAGAGCCUGAGGCACCUCACGUGCUUUUGUGCCAGCAACGAGUGCGUUGAGAUGCUAGGCCGACUCAAGAACCUGGAGGAGAUUUGUCUAUGGAUGUCCCGUCCCCUGGAUAUUUCCCACGGCCUGCUCACAAUAAUUGCAAGCUGCAAAAGGCUUAAGCUGCUUCGAUUGGCCGUGGGUAAUGUUAACAAAAACUUCUUCAACGAUGCAAUAGACUUGUUACGGAUGGACGAGAGGCUAGGGCAGCAGCCUCCUCUCAAGCUGGAAAUACCAGCUAUCAGUCAGAAGCAAGAUAUAUCUCAUGAGGACAUUUCCAUCCAUAAGGAGCGCAUCAUAUGGGGCUCAGUUGCGUGAUCUCUUAUAUUAUAAUAUUUCUAAAAUUUACUAAAGGCACUUGAUCCUGAGCUUGGAGUCUGCAUUUAAAGGAUAAUUCGUGCUGCUGCUUGGCCCAAACUUCUAUCUAAUCAACUUGAGAACUCGCCGUGCUGCUUUGCUCAAGGACUUUAAAGUGUGUCGCAAAUUUCGCAUACUCAAGUGCCAAAGCGGGAACAUGAUAUGAGUAACUCAAAAAUAGUUGUGCAACUUGUGUGUUCGCCUUCUGGGAGAAUGAUGAAAAAUGCACUUUGUAAUUCUCGUUGCUCGUCAGUGUGUGCCACAUGCAACGUCGCCCAUCCGUCGCCCCGGCACUUAUAAAUGUCACAUUAGAGUCCCAUUCUCGGGGCGGACCGGGUGGAGGUUGGAGGGAAUGGAGAGAUGACUCUCCUGCUCGUUAUACUUCGUACUCAGAGUUUCUGUAAUAUGAAUUUAUAUUCUUGUCACAUUCACAUUAUUCGUGAGAUUCCGUGUUUGGCAAACGGAGAGAGGAGAGACCCUU